GAUCAUGUAUGCAAUUUCAUGUUAUAUAGACACAAACUCGUUUUCUUGACUAUUCCGUACUCUCUGCUACCCGCUCUGGAAAUUUUCAUGAACUCAAGUUUUAAGCGUGUGGGACCGACCAAUUGCAGUUGCUCGCUUGAGGAGUCCUUGUCGCCGUAUAGUCAAGUGUUGUAUCGAUGGCAGCAUCGAAAAGGCCACCACAACCCAUGGAUCGACAGGGAUGGUGAAGCUCCCUGUAACAUGUCCAAGAGGAGACCAGGCGGCUCAGUUCCAACACUGAUCGGAGCCAUGGGUGACACAAUCAAAGAAGACCGCUUGGUGAAAAAAAUUUUAGAACCAAGGAUUAGGAAUAUGGUAGGAGAAGAAGUUACGACUGUACUGGAGCGGCACCUUCUCCGAUUGCCAAGCAGACAAAAUCUUGAUCAGAGAGCAGCGCCUGAAGGAAGACGGAAAGAUCUCCAAUUGCGUUUCAAGGAAUCGCCUAGCGAGGCUUAUACAGGCUCUAGGCUUGGGGCCAAGAACGGGGCUUCACUUGAAGUUGCUCUGUAUCAGUGUGAUGGUGCCGGAGUUCAGGACCGCAUAGUCACGGAAGGUCCUCUAUCCAACACAAGGAUAGAGUUGUGCGUUUUGCAGGGCAGCUUCGGUUCCGACGGUCGUGAGGAUUGGAGCUCAGAGGAUUUCCGUGACAGCAUAUUAAGAGAUAGAAGAAGAGGUGGCCUUUUACUUGAUGGGGAUAGGUUCUUGAGACUAAAAAAUGGAGUGGGUAUUCUCACCAACCUUCGUGUCACCGAUGGCUCGAAAUACGAUAGAACCGGAAAAUUCAGAUUAGGAGCCAGAGUUGCGGAACCAAAUCCCAAUGCAGCAAACGUUAGGGAAGGUGUGAGCCAGCCUUUUAAGGUCAAGGAUGGCCGUGGACUGAGCUACCAGAAAUAUGACAUCCCAUCAUUAAAUGAUGAGAUUUGGCGUUUGGAAGGCAUAGCAAAAGGUGGGAAAAGACAUAAUGAGCUGCAAUCCAAAGGAGUAACGACGGUCGAGGCUUUCUUGAAUCGGCUUAAUACAGACCCAAAUCAACUGAAACAGGACCUUGGCAAAAUUGGAGAGAAGACGUGGAAAAAGCUUAUCCUCCAUGCUGCUAAAGCCUGUGCCAGACACGAUGCUACGCAACCGUUUCUUUCCACAGGUCCUCUUGUCUCAGAACCACAGCAUUUGGUGGGGAGUGCUGAAAAUCUUCAAGCUAGGCAGGGCCUGCCACAACAUGAACUUCUACCUCUCGCUUCCCAAGGUUUGAGCGUCCUGUCCGCCUCUACAUCGCAUUUCGGUGAAAGCAGUACAUGUUGGACAACUAGAGGGAGUGAGUUAUGCAGGGGGUGACAUGGACUUUAACUUUCUGGCCGAGUUCUUCAACUCUUCUGCUCGUGAUGGAGAUAGUAACUAUCAGCCUUCGUGGCCAAGUUCUAGUGUGUACAAAACAAACAGAGGCAGUGGCACAACAUUUUGGAGUCAAAUUCGAAGUGCUCUUAGAGAGACCUGGCUGUAUCUAUCUCAACCCAAAAGAAAAGUUAAGCUUGUCCCCGCUUAAAAUCUAGCUCCCAAUACUGUCCCUAUUACAGUCCAAUUAUGUAUUGGGCCAAACAUCCAACUCACUAGUAACUACUAUUGUGAUCUGUUCAGGGACUCAUAAGCUGAGCUAAUAUACCUUUAUGAUUAGUUAAUCAGAGAUUACCAUUCAAGAACCGUGGUUCUCUGAUCAUCCCCUUGAUUUAUUUAUUUAUUGUUCGAUUUAUAUCUGAAGACAAUCAACAUGAUUGGCCUGAGUGUGGUUGUUGACCCUUUUGCUUUGACAUUUAGUUACCCUUUGCAAGGUCAUGGUGUAGUGGUAUAUGUUUCAGAUGUAAUAAUAUUCCUCGGAACAUCAAUAUUUUAUUUUACAGUGGAAAAUGGAACGAUGCUUUCAAAGUUCA